AUGUCAUUGCUUCUUGCACGCCAUACUCUACAGAAUGUCAUCAGAGAAUACCUUAAAUUAACAAUUUGUGUGCAGGUCACUUUGGACUAUGCUGAUCAAAGAGCUGAAGCUAUUCCCCAAUCCACCGGAUCACCAACUUGGACUAUUCAUGUGUCAGAUAUAAGAACAGUUAAGGUUAGCAACAUAUCACUGGUUACUUCCAAGAUGGAUAUUCUAGAAUUCUUUUCAUUCUCAGGUGAUAUUCGGUAUAUUGAGAUGCAAAGGGAAAGUGACCGCACUCAGGUGGCUUAUGUUACAUUUAAGGAUACACAGGGAGCAGACACAGCAGUUCUAUUAACGGGUUCAAAGAUAGGUGAUCUAUAUGUCACCAUAACGCCUGUGGAGAAGUAUCAGCUGCCUCCUGAUGUUCUUCCGGCAAGUCCGACAAAUCAAAGUGCCGAUGCAGUAAAGAAGGCUGAAGAUGUAAUGAGCACCAUGCUUGCUAAGGGUUUCAUUUUAGGAAAGGAUGCUAUCAACAAGGCAAAAUCCUUUGAUGAGCGUCACCAGUUGAGCUCAAAUGCAUCUUCCACAGUUGCUUCCAUUGAUCGUAGAAUGGGUUUCAGUGACAAAUUAAGUAUUGGAACAGCUAUUGUGAAUGGAAAGGUGAGAGAGAUGGAUGAAAAGUAUCAGCUUUCUGAAAUGACAAAGUCUGCUAUUGCCACUGCAGAACAAAAGGCAAGCAGUGCUGGAUCUGCUAUCAUGAGCAAUCCUUAUGUAUUAACUGGGGCUUCAUGGGUGUCUAGUGCCUUCACUGCUAUAGCAAAGGCAGCCGGGGAUGUCAGCACGAUGACAAAGGAGAAGGUUGAACAGGCUGAGGUAGAAAGGAACGGGAUCAUUUAUAAUGAAAGGAAAUGGCCUGAAGAUGAAUUUUCAAAGAAACACUUUGAGGAUGCUUCAGACAUGGGCCCUGCAAUAGUUCCUGUUAAUUCACAUGAUGACCAUAAGCUGGAAAUCAUAUAA